AUACGUGAGUAUACAUACAGUUUGUGGUAACAUCUAAAGUCGCUCUACCCUUCUUCCAUUUCUCCAUGGACUCCCCAACCCACGUCGCUCUCAUCUCAAGCCCCGGGAUGGGCCACCUCUUCCCCUCUCUCGAGCUCGCCACGCGACUCUCCACGCGCCACCACCUCACCCUCACUGUUUUCCUCGUCACCUCCCACUCCUCCUCCGCCGAAAAUAACGUCGUUGCCGCCGCCGAGGCUACUGGCCUCUUUACUGUCGUCGAACUCCCACCGGCUGACAUGUCCGACGUCACCGAUUCCACUGUCGUUGGCCGCCUUGCCAUCACCAUGCGCCGCCACGUCCCGGCUCUCCGAUCGGCCAUCUCUGCUCUCACCUCCCGCCCAUCCGCCCUCAUUGCAGACAUCUUCUCCACCGAGGCCUUCGCCGUCGCCGACGAGUUCCACAUGGCCAAAUACGUCUUCGUCGCCUCUAAUGCAUGGUUUUUAGCCUUGACCAUUUACGCCCAGGUUCUCGACAAGCAAAUCGUCGGGCAGUACGUGGACCAGAAAAAACCGCUUCAAAUCCCUGGAUGCGAACCGGUCCGGCCAUGCGACGUCGUAGACCCGAUGCUGGACCGGACCGAAUCCCAGUACUAUGAGUACGUGAAAGUGGGGAUGGCAAUAGCGUCGAGCCACGGCGUUUUGGUUAAUUCGUGGGAUGAGUUGCAAGGUCGCACACUCGCAUCGUUUAAAGAUCGGAGUCUGUUGGGUCGAGUGAUGAAGGCGCCGGUUUACUCGAUCGGACCGAUCGUGCGGCAUUUCGGCUCUGGGAAAGACGGCUCGAGCGAGCUGUUCAACUGGUUGAGGAAGCAGCCCGGGAAGUCGGUGAUUUACGUGUCGUUCGGCAGCGGCGGAACGUUGUCGUUUGAGCAAAUGACGGAAAUGGCUCAUGGCUUGGAGUUGAGUCGGCAGAGAUUUGUUUGGGUGGUCCGGCCGCCCACGGUGAGGUCGGAUGCGAUGUUUUUCACGACAGGGGAUGGGAGUGAGGACCAAUCAGAGGCGAGAUAUUUGCCGGAGGGGUUUUUGGAGCGGACUAGCGAGGUGGGGUUUCUGGUGUCGAUGUGGGCGGAGCAGACGGCGGUGCUGGGGAGUCCGGCAGUGGGGGGAUUUUUCACGCACGGCGGAUGGAACUCAUCAUUGGAAGGGAUUACGAAGGGAGUUCCGAUGAUAGUGUGGCCGUUGUACGCGGAGCAGAGGAUGAACGCCACGAUGCUGGCGGAUGAGAUGGGGGUAGCGGUGCGGCCGAAGGAGCUGCCAGGGAAUGCGGUGAUCGGGAGGGAGGAGAUUGCGGCGAUGGUGAGGAAGAUAAUGGCGGAGGAGGAUGAAGAAGGGAAAGCCAUAAGAACGAAGGUUAAGGAACUUCAACGAAGCGCAGAAAAGGCCUGUGCGCAAGGAGGCUCGUCGUACGAGAACUUUGCUCGAGUUGUGAAACUUUUUGGCCGUACGGGAUAAGUUUAAAACCUUUUUUCUUUUUCUUUUUCUUUUUACUUUUUUAAGAAAAAAUUAUAAUUCUAUGAUAUGAAUAAUGCAGGAUGUUAUAAUUAUAAGAUG